AUGCAGCCGGACAUAUCAGCACCAGGAGUGAACAUUCUUGCAACCUGGCUUGGAAAUGAUUCAAGUUCAACUCCACAAGCAACAAAGUCACCACUCUUCAAUGUGAUCUCAGGAACUUCAAUGUCCUGCCCCCAUGUCUCUGGCGUAGUGGCCUCUGUAAAAUCUCAAAACCCCACAUGGAGUCCCUCAGCAAUCAAAUCAGCCAUCAUGACAACAGCAAUCCAAACGAAUAACUUGGGAUCGCCUAUGACUUUGGAUACGGGAUCAGUAGCCACACCUUAUGAUUAUGGGGCAGUUGAAAUAUCAACCAAUGGAGCAUUACAACCAGGACUAGUCUAUGAAACUAACUACAUAUCCAACAUGAACUACCCAACAAUAGCAGUAUCAGAAUUGAAAGGCAAGGAAAGUAAGAAAGUAAUCAGAACAGUUACAAAUGUUGGUGGCAAUGGUGAAACAGUUUACACAGUCAGUGUAGACGCACCUGAGGAAGUAGAGGUCAAAGUGAUUCCAGAGAAAUUGAAAUUUGCAAAGAACAAUGAGAAGCAGAGUUAUCAAGUGGUUUUCACCCCAUCCACACUGAAGGAAAGAGUAUUUGGUUCAAUCACUUGGACCAAUGGAAAACAUCGAGUCCGAAGUCCAUUUGUCGUCACUAGUGAGAGUAGUGAGCCAUAA